AUGUGUCCCUUGGCUCCUGGCCCAUCGGUGCUCGAUGUCGGGCAUCCGGACAUUGGCCACCAUUUCCGCGCGUCUCUCGCGGAUUACCAGCCGGCCGCCGUGGCCCAACGUCUUGCGGCACGACUGCCUGCCGAAUGUCCGAGUGCCACGACCGCCGAUGGCCCCCGGACGCCGGCCGCACGGCGCCGACUCCGACGCAAGCUCCUCCAUCGGGCGGCAUCCACCGCGAAGCAGCAGCAGCAGCAGCAGCAACAGCAGCAAGAUGCCACCAGCCCGCCGGUGGUUAUGACGUACGCUGGUGCGGCGCACGCUUGGCCCGAUGGCAUUGUCUAUCGGUAUCCCCAGCCGACAGCCGCGAUUGUUGGCCGCAUGGCCGCCGCAAUUGCCUCCCUGCCUCGGCUUUAUGUGCAAGUUUUACACCUGAUGAAUGUGAUGAAUCUCCCCCCGCCCUUUGAUCUGGAUUCAAGUCCCGUGUGCUUGGACCCGGCGCUGGCGCCGACCGGCUUCCCCCCGGUCUAUGAGGAUGUCCUCGAGGCGGCGCGCGUCGGCGUGGCCAAGCGCCAGCGCGGCCUCGACUCCGAUGAGUCGGAGCUCGAAUCCGACGAGGAGGACACGCCUCACGCGCGGCCCAUCGCUCCGGCAGCUCGACCGUCGACGCGGCUUGCGCAGCCCAAAAGGAAGACGACUGUCUCCGGGCCCGCAUCGACACCCGCCCCCGCUGCCGUUGCUGCCGAUGCCUCCUCCACUCCUGUCCCUGUCCCCCAUGAUGAGCCUCUGGCCAGUAAGGCCGCGGCCUCCCCUCGAGCCUCAACCCCCCCUCGCCAGGCGAGACCUCCAAAUCCCCCCCAGGCCCAGGGGCCCACCUUGACACCGACCGCACCCGCCAAGCCGCUUGCCGGGUCGAAUCCCGCUUCAGCUGCCGGGUCUGACAUGCCUAAAGCCCCGGCUGAAGGCUCCGAGGCAGCUCCCCUCGUGGCCUCCAGCCCCGCGGUGCCGCGGGCUGCCCCCAUCGCCACAGCCCCAGCCUCGGCUGUUCAGUCAGCCAUCGAGGCGAUCACCACCCGCGAAGAGCUCCUGGCCAUGAAGCUGCCUGUUGAGCAGCUGACCCGCGAUUAUCCCCGGAUCUUUGGCCGGUCAGCUCCGCCUGGUGCCGCGGGGGAGGCCGCCGCGCCGGCCACCUCGCGACUGUUCUUGAAAAACCUCCACCGAUCAGUCAACGAGACGCUCCUCUCACAUCUAAUUGACAUCAGCCUGUCGGGCCUGCCGAGCGCCUCUGACCGUCGAUACUCCCUUCGGGUACUGGAAAAACGCAUGCGCGGCCAGGCCUUCGCCAACUUCGAGUGCGAGCUUGCCGCCCAGCAUGUCCGACACGAUCUGUACGGGCUUGCCCUUGGGGACAAGCCUCUUUGUGUGGACUUCGGCAAGUAG